UUCGCUCUCGGCGAAAGCGCAUCUAGAUCAAUCAAGAGUGUGCGAAAAACUGGAGUGAAAGUAAAGUUGAAAAACAAAAGAUCGUAGAAGCGUAUACACAGGUAAUUGGGAUUCGGUGUUUAUACACAGCGCGCAAGUGCUGUGUGUGCGAUCGCAUAGAAAUUCUGCAAUAACGAAAACGAUUGUAAUAUAAUCGUCGAUAAAUUCGAUAAGACACAAAGUGUACGUUACCCUGGUGUACCUUAUCGUCUGGGACAUAAGUCAGUGCGUGCACACAGAGGUAAAAAAAAAAAAAAAAAAAAAAAAAAAAAGAAACAUGUGAAAACGUCAAGUUAGGUGUUUUGUUUCGUGUGCAGUGGCAAAUAAUCGAAACAGAAGAGAGUGUAGAAUCGGCGCUGAAACUAUAGUAGUGGACAGACAGUUCGAAAUAAACGAACGCCAGAGUAGUGAUAUCAGAUAAAAUUUAGACUAUAACCCUAGAUGCGGUCUAUUGUUAUCGACAAUGAGAACAAUUGUUGACAGCAGGGAUUAUCCGGUUUACGGCUGAUACGUUUGCCGAUAAUGUGGCAGAUGGCAGUUCACAUUGCUGAUUUCGGUCCUGCUGCAUCAGAACUUCUAUUAUUAUACGAGAACGAUUCAGCCACCCCGGGAGGAGACCCCACCUCCAUUAUGAAUAAAUCGGCGGAGAACGUUUCUACGUCCAGCCACGACUCGAUAACUAGCAACAAUCUGUCGCUGACUAUUGCCAAUCCAACCAUAGGCGUCAGCGGCAAUGAUGGAUCGACUUCUAAUUUAAUCGACAUAAAUUUGGGGGGAGGCUCAGGCUGCAAUAGCCCGUCACCUAGCCCUACGCCAUCACCUUGGCCUAGUCCUAGGCCCUACACCAAGAGGGAUCACUCGAGACCUCAUUCGGAUGUUGCUAAUUUUGUUAAUAAAGAUAUAUCCCCGAGCAAACUGGACGAUCAACAAAACCAGGAAGCAAUUAAUCGAUCUUCAGAUUCUGCCGAACCUGGACGGAAUUCGGCGUAUGAAGUUAGAAAGGAAUCCAGAGCUGGAGAUCGUACCAAGAAAAAGUCUUCAUGGUAUAACGUACUUUAUCCAACUUAUAAAUCAAGAUCUGAGGAUUUUAAAAGGAUUUUUAAAGACGUUCCAGAUGACGAACGACUAGUUGUUGAUUACUCGUGCGCUCUGCAGCGGGAUAUACUUGUUCAUGGAAGAUUGUACGUAUCCCAAAACUACAUAUGUUUUUAUGCGAACAUAUUUUCAUGGGAAACGUCAGUAUCUCUGCGCUGGAAGGAUGUCGCCUCAAUAACGAAGGAGAAAACUGCGCUAGUCAUCCCAAAUGCUAUACUAGUCUGUACAGAAACGGACAAAUUUUUUCUCACAUCCUUUGGGGCCAGGGACAAAGCUUAUCUUAUGCUCUUCCGAGUUUGGCAAAAUGCACUGAUAGGCCAACCAAUGAGCAUGACUGAAAUGUGGCAACUUGUUCAUGCCUGCUACGGUGAUGAGCUUGGCCUUACUUCCGACGACGAAGAUUAUGUACCUUCGCUUUUACCCGCACCAGAGGACAAAAAAAUCUCCACUCAACUCUCAGUCGAAUCGUAUUCCGAAGCCGAAGGGGGACCAGUGAUUAAUGCAGACAAUCUACUAAUGCCACCUCAGCCCAACAAUUCGUGUAAUCCUGAACUAGACAGACGUUCACCGACAAGACCGGAGUCGAAUCUGGAUCCUACCGAUCUCAGUGAUACCACGGAGAGCGAGGCCGAGAAGCAUCCAUUACGCAUUGCCCUUCGCAGUAAUGCAGUGUGCUCAGCUGUACACGAUGGACGGCAACUUUGUAACGCAACAUUACCUAUUCAUAUAGAUCAAUUGUUCACAUUGCUCUUUACCAACUCAAAGUUUUUCUUAGAUUUUCAUACGGCUCGAAAAACCACCGAUCUGGUACAAUCGGCAUGGACGCAAGACAGUCAAACGGGUCAAAAAUCGAGAACAGUUUCACUAACUAUAUCACUGUCGCAAUCUGUUGGCCCGAAGUCUUCCCAAGUAACAGAGACGCAGAUAAUGCUACCAUGCAGCAGACCUGGACAUCUAUACUGUAUAGAUAUAGAGAGUAAUAACGCAGGUAUACCUUAUGCAGAUUCAUUCAGUGUUCACACGCAUUACUGUAUGACAAGUUCUACGGAGGGUGAGACAAACCUUGCAGUAUUUUCACAAAUUAAAUACAAGAAGAGUGUCUGGGGUCUUGUUAAAAGUUUCAUCGAGAAAAAUUGUUGGGCUGGAUUGGAAGAGUAUUUUGGUAGCUUGGUAAAAGCGCUGAGCGUUGAAAGUGAGGAAGGUAACGUUGGAGUAGGGUUGAAACGCAAGGCGAGACGACGAAGGCGGUUGACCGGUGCUGGUGCAUCUCUCCAAGCACAUCCCACAGAUCAUCUACAGUCUUGCCACCAAGCCGUUACAGCAGACUUGCCAAGAGUAUACAACAACAAUGUUUCAGGUGUUCGCAACGACACCAGCAACAUAGUAAGCUGGAUACUUCUCCUAGCAGUUUUAUGCCUCAUGCUAAUAAAUGGUUUACUUUAUUAUAAAUUAUGGGGCUUAGAAGAGGCUGCUGCUUACACCAUUAUGGAUCUACACGUUCUCAAAAAUACGCCAAAAACAGAGGAAGAUUGGAUAAACUUGUUGCAACAGCAAGAGAGUCUUCAUAAUGUGGAAAUGAGAAAGUGGCAGAGAGUUUUGCACACAGCGGCUCAGUUAUUGAGACAGACUGAAGAAUCGUUGACUGAACUGCAAAUGAGUAUUCAUCCAACGGUAACAGAGAACGUGAUUUCUGUGUUGAAAACAUUGUCCUCUCCCAAGUCUUCUGAAUCUAGAUCGGAUCAUCAGAGCUACGAAAUGUAAAUAUCGUCGAAGUUCAGAGGUCUCAUGGUAGAGUAUAACAAUUUUUAUUAUUUUUCUUUUACUCUGGAAAAGAGAAGCACAAGAAGCAACUAGAAGAUAACGAGGGAUCAUA